AUGGCUAAUUUAAUUAUUUACAGAAUUAAUAUAUCAAAUAUAGUUAAAUAUAUUUAUUUAAUUUAUGAAAAAUUUAUUGAAAUAAAGUUGGAAUAUGAAGAUAAAUUUAAUGAAUUUUGGAAUUUAAAUAUUUUUCCUGCAGCAAAAGAUUUAUUAAAUGAAGAUAAAGAAAUAAAAGAAAUAAUUAAAAUAUAUAAAUUAAUUUUUGAAAUAUUAAUAAAUAAAUAUAAAGAAUUAAUUAAAGAAAGGGAGGAGGAAGAGGAGGGGGAAGUAGUGAUUAAAAUUGAAGAAAAAUUAAAAUUCGAAUUGGGAAACAAAAUAAUUGAAAUUGCUAAAAAUAAUAAAAAAUUUAAAGAAUUUCUUGACACGACGAGGGGGGCUAAAGCUAGAAUUCUUGAAAUAUUUGAAAGGGAAAUGGAUAUUUAUGAAAUUAUUUUUGAAGAAGAAAAUGGGGAUUUGAGGGAAAUAAUUAGUAUAGGUAUGUACUUGGAGGGGGGGGGGGAAAGCUGUGGAUAUAUUUACAGUCGUGGAUGUUCAUCAAAACUUUUUUUUUUAAUUUUUAAAUAA